CCAAAAUUAGCAUUUAACAUUUAAAUGAUUUAGGUCACCCCACCCCCCUUUAAUGAUAUGGUGUUACUACUACUUAAAAGUAGUAGUAUGCAAACUUUUAAUAUUUUCUUUUAAGAACUUUUUUUUACCAUUGACAUCAGCAGUAAAACUGCAGUUAAAACCCUUGAUCUUAGUGUAUUUGUGAACUGCUCCUAAAAUAUAAGGUAAGUGCCUUGUUUUCUGUAAUUUUGUAUUGUUCAGUGUCGAUAAUUUUUUUUCCCAUGUGAGAGGUAUUUUUGACUAUAUCUCAAAGUUCUGAAGGGGAUCCAAAGUAAUGGAAAUUGUAUUUUUAUGCUUGGUAAAGUACAUUCCCUAAUCAUUAUUACAGCAAAAUUUCACCCAUCUGCGAACAGAAGUUUGAUAACUGUUAACAUUAGUCUCUUUGCAUGUUUCAUAUUCAUUUCAGCUUUAGAAGGAUGGAAAGGGAAGAUAAAUAACAUUUCACAUUUUAUUCCUAUGUAAAUACUGUUUAGAUGAAGAGGAUUGUGGCAUCAGAUUUAUUUUAUUGUGGUGAGGCAAUAGCUAAAUUACUAAACGAACAAAUUUUGAAGUUUAUUUAGUUUGGAUUUUUUAAAGCCCAAACACGUACAAGGUUUUAGUGAAAUUAAAUUCUGCUUUUCCUUUUCAUUGUUUUCUUUUUUUUCCCGUACUAAUUUUUGAGAUCUCUUUUAGGACCUAUGAAGUAAAAUUGGGGGAUUGAGAUUGGGGAAGCAGGACGGCUCAAUCUAUUCCUUUGGGAAUAUAGGGUUAGCUAUGAAAAUAUCCCAUGGUCACUUUAGUAAUUCUUAAUGUUCUGCAUGUUUAACCGAUACCACCUAUAAUCCUGUGUGGGAAGGUAGUAAGCAGUAAAUAGCGUAUUCUUUUUGCUUUGGGUUCUUUAUAAUAAAAGCAGUAUUUCAGUUUUUGAUGUUGCAAUUUAACUUUUGAACUUAAAAUUUACGUUAAAUUAAGAUUUACAGUUUACAGUGGUGCACAGUUUUGAGAGUUGGGAGAACAGCAAAACAAAGGGAUAAUUCAGAUUUGCUAUGAACUGUUAGCAUAGUCCCAGUUGGUUAUUAGCUUAUAUUGAAAUGCGAUUAAUUGUGGACAGCAAACCAGGAACUUCAAAGUUCCAGGUUAUUUUUAAAGUUCUUCACUUUUUGUAAUUUUAUACACUUAAUAUACGAUCAGGGUUUUUAAUGUAUGGUUCAGUACUGUUCCUGCAUAAUAGUUCAUCUUCAGCUAUCAUAAAUGAUAGUUGCCACAUGCUCUUUGGUGAACACAGGAAGACACCAAAUUGUCAGUUUAAUUUUUUUCAGUCUCCCGAAUUGCUACCUUUGUGUUUAAUUUAACCAAAUAUUAUAUUUCUUUAGUGUAUAUGGUGUUGCUUUGUGAACUGUCCCACCCUUCCCCUUACAGGUGUUUGAACUUGGGGCCUACACCUUGAGCCAUUCCACCAACCUAUUUUUGUGAAGGUUUUUUCGAGAUAGGAUCUUUCGGAAGUAUUUGCCCAGGCUGGCUUUGAACUGUGAUCCUCCUGAUCUCUGUCUCCUGAGUAGCUAGGAUUACAGGCCUGAGACAUUGGUGCCCAGUUUGUGAAACUGGAAUUGUUUUCUCAGAAGUAAACCAUCAUUUUAUUCACAUAAAUAUAUGAAUAUAUUUCUGACAUUGAGGUGUUCCAGAAGAUGAUAAAGAAAUGAUAGCAGCUCCAGAAAUACCAACUGAUUUUAAUCUACUACAAGAGUCAGAAACACAUUUUUCUUCUGAUACAGAUUUUGAGGACAUCGAAGGAAAAAACCAAAAGCAAGGCAAAGGAAAGACUUGUAAAAAAGGCAAAAAGGGCCCAGGAGAAAAGGGCAAAGGAGGAAAUGGAGGAGGAAAACCUCCUGGUCCAAACCGAAUGAAUGGUCAUCACCAACAGAAUGGAGUGGAAAACAUGAUGUUGUUUGAAGUUGUUAAAAUGGGCAAGAGUGCCAUGCAGUCGGUGGUAGAUGAUUGGAUAGAAUCAUACAAGCAUGACCGAGAUAUAGCACUUCUUGACCUUAUCAACUUUUUUAUUCAGUGUUCAGGCUGUAAAGGAGUUGUUACAGCAGAAAUGUUUAGACAUAUGCAGAACUCUGAGAUAAUUCGAAAAAUGACUGAAGAGUUUGAUGAGGAUAGUGGAGAUUAUCCACUUACCAUGGCUGGUCCUCAGUGGAAGAAGUUCAAAUCCAGCUUUUGUGAAUUCAUUGGUGUAUUAGUACGGCAGUGUCAAUAUAGUAUCAUAUAUGAUGAGUACAUGAUGGAUACAGUCAUUUCACUUCUUACAGGAUUGUCUGACUCACAAGUCAGAGCUUUCCGACAUACAAGCACCCUGGCAGCUAUGAAGUUGAUGACAGCUUUGGUGAAUGUGGCACUAAAUCUUAGCAUUAAUAUGGAUAAUACACAAAGACAAUAUGAGGCAGAACGGAAUAAAAUGAUUGGAAAACGAGCCAACGAGAGGCUAGAACUAUUGCUACAAAAAAGGAAAGAGCUUCAGGAAAAUCAAGAUGAAAUAGAAAAUAUGAUGAAUGCAAUAUUUAAAGGAGUGUUUGUACAUAGAUACCGGGAUGCAAUAGCUGAAAUCCGAGCUAUAUGCAUUGAAGAGAUUGGCAUUUGGAUGAAGAUGUAUAGUGAUGCCUUUCUUAAUGACAGUUAUUUAAAAUAUGUUGGUUGGACUAUGCAUGAUAAGCAAGGUGAGGUAAGACUCAAAUGUCUUACGGCACUGCAAGGGCUUUAUUAUAAUAAAGAGCUUAAUUCCAAACUGGAGCUAUUUACCAGUCGAUUCAAGGAUAGAAUUGUGUCUAUGACGCUUGACAAAGAAUAUGAUGUUGCAGUACAAGCAAUAAAAUUACUCACUCUUGUUUUACAGAGUAGUGAAGAAGUUCUUACUGCAGAAGAUUGUGAAAAUGUGUAUCAUCUGGUUUAUUCAGCUCACCGGCCAGUAGCAGUAGCAGCUGGGGAAUUUCUCUAUAAAAAACUCUUCAGUCGUAGAGAUCCAGAAGAGGAUGGAAUGAUGAAAAGAAGGGGAAGACAAGGUCCAAAUGCCAAUCUCGUUAAGACAUUGGUUUUUUUCUUUCUAGAAAGUGAGUUACACGAGCAUGCAGCAUACCUUGUGGAUAGCAUGUGGGACUGUGCUACUGAACUGCUGAAAGACUGGGAAUGUAUGAAUAGCUUGUUACUAGAGGAGCCACUUAGUGGUGAGGAAGCAUUAACAGACAGACAAGAAAGUGCUCUGAUUGAAAUAAUGCUUUGUACUAUUAGACAAGCAGCUGAAUGUCAUCCUCCUGUUGGAAGAGGGACAGGAAAAAGGGUGCUGACAGCCAAGGAGAAGAAGACCCAGUUGGAUGACAGGACAAAAAUCACUGAACUUUUUGCUGUGGCUCUUCCUCAGUUAUUAGCAAAAUACUCUGUAGAUGCAGAAAAGGUGACUAACUUGUUGCAGUUGCCUCAGUACUUUGAUUUGGAAAUAUAUACCACUGGACGAUUAGAAAAGCAUUUGGAUGCCUUACUGCGCCAGAUCCGAAAUAUUGUAGAGAAGCACACAGAUACAGAUGUUUUGGAAGCAUGUUCUAAAACUUACCAUGCACUCUGUAAUGAAGAGUUCACAAUCUUCAACCGAGUAGAUAUUUCAAGGAGUCAACUGAUAGAUGAAUUGGCAGAUAAAUUUAACCGGCUUCUUGAAGAUUUUCUGCAAGAGGGUGAAGAACCUGAUGAAGAUGAUGCCUACCAGGUAUUGUCAACAUUGAAGAGGAUCACUGCUUUUCAUAAUGCCCAUGAUCUUUCAAAGUGGGAUUUGUUUGCUUGUAAUUACAAACUUCUGAAAACCGGAAUUGAAAAUGGAGAUAUGCCUGAACAGAUUGUUAUUCACGCAUUGCAGUGUACUCACUAUGUAAUCCUUUGGCAGCUUGCUAAGAUAACUGAAAGCAGCUCUACAAAGGAGGACUUACUGCGUUUAAAGAAACAGAUGAGGGUAUUUUGUCAGAUAUGUCAGCAUUACCUGACCAACGUGAAUACUACUGUUAAGGAACAGGCCUUCACUAUUCUGUGUGAUAUUUUGAUGAUCUUCAGCCAUCAGAUUAUGUCAGGAGGUCGUGACAUGUUAGAGCCAUUAGUUUAUACCCCUGAUUCUUCAUUGCAGUCCGAGUUGCUCAGCUUUAUUUUGGAUCAUGUCUUCAUUGAACAGGAUGAUGAUAAUAAUAGUGCAGAUGGUCAGCAGGAGGAUGAAGCCAGUAAAAUUGAAGCAUUGCACAAAAGGAGAAAUUUGCUUGCAGCGUUUUGUAAACUAAUUGUAUAUACUGUGGUGGAGAUGAAUACAGCUGCAGAUAUCUUCAAACAGUAUAUGAAGUAUUAUAAUGAUUAUGGAGAUAUCAUCAAAGAAACAAUGAGUAAAACAAGGCAAAUAGACAAAAUUCAGUGUGCUAAGACACUUAUUCUCAGUCUGCAACAGCUUUUUAAUGAAAUGAUACAGGAAAAUGGCUAUAAUUUUGACAGAUCAUCUUCAACAUUUAGUGGCAUAAAAGAACUUGCUCGACGCUUUGCUUUGACUUUUGGACUAGAUCAGUUGAAGACAAGAGAAGCCAUUGCCAUGCUACACAAAGAUGGCAUAGAAUUUGCUUUCAAAGAGCCUAAUCCACAAGGAGAGAGUCAUCCACCUUUAAAUUUGGCAUUUCUUGAUAUUCUCAGUGAAUUUUCUUCUAAACUGCUCCGACAAGACAAGAGAACAGUGUAUGUUUACUUGGAAAAGUUCAUGACCUUUCAGAUGUCACUCCGAAGAGAAGAUGUGUGGCUUCCACUGAUGUCCUACCGAAAUUCUUUGCUAGCUGGUGGUGAUGAUGACACCAUGUCAGUCAUUAGUGGAAUCAGCAGUCGAGGGUCAACUGUGCGGAGUAAAAAAUCAAAACCAUCUACAGGAAAACGGAAAGUAGUUGAGGGCAUGCAGCUUGCUCUCCCGGAAGAAAGCAGUAGUAGUGACAGUAUGUGGUUGAGCAGAGAACAAACACUGCACACCCCUGUUAUGAUGCAGUCACCACAGCUCACCUCCACUAUUAUGAGAGAACCCAAAAGAUUACGGCCUGAGGAUAGCUUCAUGAGUGUCUAUCCAAUGCAGACUGAGCAUCAUCAAACUCCUCUUGAUUAUAACACGCAGGUAACAUGGAUGUUAGCUCAAAGACAACAAGAGGAAGCAAGGCAACAGCAGGAGAGAGCAGCAAUGAGCUAUGUUAAACUGCGAACUAAUCUUCAGCAUGCCAU